UAGAUAUGGAAGAAAAUUAAUUUCAAGGAAGACGAUGAGUUAGAAUUGGAGCUCCGGUGACUUCCAUGGCAGAGGACGGUAGAACAAGGGAGCUUCCGGUCAAAUCAAUGGCAUAUACAAAUCCAUGGCGAUUUACUCUCUUUUUACACUUCACGAUCUUCGCAUCCAUUCUUCAUUUCUCCGUAUCGAUGGAAUCAGGUGAAGGAGAUCGAGAUGGAACAAUUAGGUCUGGAAUAUUAACAGGACAACGUCGAGGUCUGAUGAGAUUUAGAGAGAUACCUUCUGGUAGCAACGUUACUUUUGAAUGCUCACCUUCUGGUCCUUGUAUUGCUUGCCAAUACUCUGAAAAGAAUGAUCCUAAGUUUCGUUGCAGUGAAACUGGCUACCGUAUACCUUUAAAAUGUGUAGAAACUCGUGUUAAUGCUGAUAAUGCAAAGAAAAAGAAUAGUUCCAAGGGUCGGUUGACACUCCAAACUAACGAUGUGUCUAAAUCAUCGGGUGCUGCUGAGGUUUAUAUUACCUAUAGAAGCUGUAUACCUGCUGUUAAUGAAGAAAAGUUGUCUGUGUUUGGUUUUGAGAGUAUUAUGCUGGGUUUGUUGCUUCUUAGUGGUUCGGUUAUAUAUUUCAGACAGAAAAGAAGUAACAACAACAAUAACUCGCAACCGGGGAUCAGCAUGGUGAGAAUUCCUUCCAAUUCUAGGUUCUAACCCUAAACUUGAAAUCUGUUAAAAUUUCAGAAAAACUGUAUUUUCCAUUUCAUAAAUGUAAUUACACCUUAGUUAUAUAUUUCUGUAUUAUUACUUUUGAUUUCCAUGUAAGCAUUUAAAAAAGAAGUAACAAUU